AUGGCACUUUCCUGUUUGGUGUUACACCGACUCAACUUUUCCAGUCUCGGGACCCGGUAUCUGAUUGGCACAUGGUCCAUCAUCAGUGAACAGCCGGCAACAGUGUGGCAGCAGGGCUGAUAAGUGAUUCAUAUGGAGGAUGAUAGCCGUGGUCCAGGUGGAUUUCACACUGCAACACUUUACUGGACCCCUUAGUCAAUAUGUUUUAACCCAGCUGUUUUAAAUGUGGAACAUGUAGACGGCACAGUCCUUCAUACAAACUGUAAUUUCUUUCUUAAGCGAUUAAAAGGACACUUCUACAAUGUAGGGGCUUUUAACAAAGUUGAAUUUCCAAUAUGGUAGGAGAGGUUGUUGUUGUUGAGCGGAUUGUUGUCAUGUCCCCGCAGUGCCUGUAGUGGUGCUGUGAGGAGUCUGCUGUGGAUCCAACAAAAAUCCUCAGCAGCCUACCUACUGCUUGUAAUUUGCUCUGGAUAGCCUAUAUUUACAUGCAUCCUUAUUUCAAGAUACACCGAGCUCGAUGAAGAUCACUGUUACUAUCCUAUCUCGACUAUCGAUGCACAAAUAGCCUAGCUGAUUCUAAUAGACAUUUCGGCCGUCUAUCUGGAGCGAAUACCUUACACAGCCCAUACCAAUUCAAGCUGAUGUUGUCAAGGACACGAGUCACGUGAUGUAUGAAGGCAAACACAUACACUUCUCAGAGGUGGACAAUAAGCCAUUGUGCUCAUACAGCCCAAAGCUCUGCAAGCAGCGCAGACUAAAUGGCUAUGCUUUCUGUAUCCGGCACGUUCUGGAGGACAAGACAGCCCCCUUCAAGCAAUGUGAAUAUGUGGCUAAGUACAACAGCCAGCGAUGUACCAACCCCAUUCCCAAGUCAGAGGACCGCAGGUACUGUAACAGUCACCUGCAGGUUCUCGGCUUUAUCCCCAAGAAGGAACGGAAAAAGAAACACGAUGCUUUGGAGGACAUGCGUUCACGGGCUCACCUGGAGUCAGUGGCACUUAACAUAACUGUGCCCUCUCUUGCUCUGAAAGCUCCCAAUGGUCUAGAUGAACUUCCACCAUCUCCCCCCUGUACACGUCUGUUACCCCUCCCUGAUGGGGAACUCCUGGACCCUUUUGCCUUUUAUGAGGAUGACACAGAUGGGGAGGAGGUGGGUACUCCUCGGAAGGGCAAUGCCAUCAAGAAGAAAUUACAGAGUCGGCUGGUGCUCAACCAGAAACUCUGCCAUGACACGGACCUCUUCCAGCCACCUCCUGAGCACUUUAGUCCCUCUCCUGUCCCCCGUGUCCACCCCUCCUCACCGCUCAACACUCAUCUCCCUCGGCAGCCGUCAGGUCUUCUCCAGCCGCCCCAGCACUCCAGCGUGACUUCCUUCAUCUUCCCAGGACAGCAGCAGGGUUUAUUAUGCAAUCCACCACCACCUCAGACGGUCAACUUUCUGCCUCCAGGGAUGCCUGCUAAUGCAGCACCCAGUCCAGUGCAACCUUCUGGGCCGUCACUCAGCAGGAAAAUGCCUUUCACUGCUACUCACUUGCCUGUCAGUUGCAAGGACAGUGGCAGUAACAAUCAGCGGCAUGUGGUUGUCAUGCGCCCCACUGCCUUCUCACCUUCUGCCAGCUGUUUGGCCAGGUUGCAACAUCUUGUGCAGCUCUGUGCCAAGAGACACCGGGAGCAUGGAGACCUCUUUCCACAUCUAGGAUUGGACUGGUCAGAAGAUAGUGCUGAUGAUGAUGAUGAUGAUGAAGAGGAGGCAGAGAGAUUUGUUCCUUUUCAGACCUCUUGGAGACCACAGAAUGGGUUGGAAGACGACUGCGGUUCCUCUCGGAGAACACGGCUACUUAGGCUUUGCUCGUACCUCCAGGAGAAAUACAAGCACAUGUGCAGGCAGGAGAGAGCGAGUAUCCGCCAAAAGAGAUACCGCUAUGCCUUCCGCAAAGCCUUGUUGCACGCUGCCAGUAACAACCCAGACUGCGCUGGGCAGCUGAUCCAGGAUGUCGGUGGUGCCUCUCGAAGCUCUUCAAGUGUGGCUCCAGCAAAGCAGCAGACCACAGAUACAGGGACCUGCACUGGCAGCACAAAGGGCCAGGCCUGCAACAACAGAGCUCUGCCCUUCACUCAACACUGCUUUCAGCACAUUCUGUUGAAUCGUUCCCAGCAGCUCUUUGCUAGUUGCACAGCCAAAUUUGCAGAUGGUCAGCAGUGCUCCAUCCCUGUGUUUGAUAUCACGCACCAGACGCCCCUGUGUGAAGAGCAUGCCAAAAAGAUGGAUAACUUCCUGCGUGGGGAUGGAAACCGACGAGUGCAGCACCAGCAGCAGCAACAGCGAAAGCCACGUAAAAAGACCAAACCACCGGCGCUCACCAAAAAACACAAGAAGAAGAGAAGGAGAGGGCCACGGAGGCCUCAGAAACCCAUCCCUCCAGCGUUGCCACAGGGGAACCUGGGAAUGCCUUCUACAAGUCUAGCAAUGCCCUCACAGGCUAGCAUCAGGAGCCCUUCAACUCCAGACCUAAGUACAGAGGAGCUUCCUGACGAUAUCACCAAUGAAAUGGCAGACAUUCCAAAUGACCUUGAGCUAAACCAGGAGGAUUUUUCUGAUGUGUUACCCCGACUACCUGAUGACCUGCAGGACUUUGACUUGUUUGAAGGUAAGAAUGGAGAGCUCCUGCCCACCACAGAGGAGGCUGAGGAACUGGUGCGUGCACUGCAGGCUAUGGGGUCCUACCCAGACUCCUUGGUGUGCCUGACCUCCAUGGGAGACCUGGCCCCAUCCGAAGGAGUGGACCACAGAGCCAUGACUGUGUUCCCUGGUCCAGUCCAGCCAGGGACCAUGGGGGAUCUACUCAGCAGCCGCAUCCCCACAGAGAACUUCACCAGCCUUGAGCUGGAGGACAAUAUACUGCAAUCCACUGGGGGACACUUUCCCCCCUCACCGCCAUCUCAGCCCACUAACCAGCCCCCAACUUCGUGCUCCAACCUGACCUCAUCUUCUUCUACAGUAGCCCCCUCCACCACCUCCCUGCUCACUCAGACCUCCAUUACAGAGCGAACGUUUUCCCGGACGCACACAUCUCAUGUCCUGGCCAAGUCGGACGCACCCACAUCAUCUCCCCAAGGCAGCCACUACAGCAGUGAGCAUGUGCCAUCCCCAUACAGUGACCACAUAUCUUCUCCCCAUGCCAGCUCCUUCCAGUCUGACACCCCUCUGCUGCUGGAGGUCCCUCUCAGCGGGGUACCAGGACCCCCACGCUCGUCAUGGAAUAAUCUCCCUCUCCCCAUCACCGACCCCACGCAGUUUGGCAAUCUCAUAGGAUCGGAAAGUCAUCUCAUAUCCACUUCCCUGUCCACUCCCCCGGCCACCACCCACUCUGUGACGCUGCAGCCUAUGGCUGCCCUUUCAGCGAUGCCUCAGAGCGGCUUGACAGGUUUAACAACUCCCCCUGCCCCCUCGUCCUCCCUCCCAUCCUCCUCACAUGAUCUUCUGACCUCCACACAGCCCAAGCAACAGCUCCCUCAGUUCAGCGCGGCCUUUGGCCAUCAAUUGGCCUCCCACAGUGGCAUCCCGAAAGACGUGCAGCCCAGCCACAGCUCCACAGCACCCCCCGCUGGCUUCUCCAUAGUUAGUGCCACUGCUGCAAGUGCCAACAGCGCCACACCACCCUUCACGCAAAGUAAAUGAGAGCAGGCGGCCUGCAGCGGCUGCAUGAUGGUCUGUGGACUCGCAGUCACUUACAAUCCAGUCGACUGGCUUCUGAUUGACCACCCCACUUCAUCUGCUACAUGUGUGCAAUGUGGUAAUAGUGCACUAUUUGAUAAUGAAUUUGCACAAACUCAGAUUUUCCUCAAUAUUUUCUAUUUUGUUCUUUAACCCUGUAGCCAGACUCUGGGAUUUUAAGUCAGUGUGAGCCCACUUGUUUGAUGCCUUGUGGUUUCGUCAGCAGGGGGUUACAGUCAAAUCUUUCAGAUUUUGUGAUGAAAGAAUCGGGUGAAAAUUGGCGGAAGGACCUUAGCAGAGAUUAUCUGUGUCACAGUGCUCAGAAUUCAUAGAAGCCUCAAUCAGUGGUCGGUUUUGUUUGCUUUGCCAGUUAAAGUCCUGUCUUAAAAUGAUCAACUGUACCCUGCCUUGCUCAGAUGGCCAUUGCAUUUAAAAAAAAAAAAAAAAAAUUAUUCCACCUUUUUCAUACACUGCUUCUGUCACGCCCUGAAAAACAAGAGUACAAGUUGUGAUAUUUGUGACCCAUUAUGUUUCAAGCUAUUUAACUGUUAUCAUGAUAUAGAAUCUUACUGAGUCAGAUUUCACAGUCAUACGAAUUUACCAAAAUACUUUUAAACAGCUGUUUUUAUAUUGUGUAUACUAUAUAUGUGCUCAUUUAUUUGUUUGCUCAGACGUCAAAAUCUCUGACCUCACCAUUGGUUGUGGGACUCUGAGUGGCCUAGUAGACACUUGAAGGUAAAUAUAGUUUCUUAAAGCAAUAAACACAUUAACAUAACUCUAGCAUUUAAGAUAUUUUAUUGGUCUCAUUACAUGUAGCUUCACUUGCUGAAUCAAGGCUGGAUCAGGAAUAUACUUUGGCUUCUAUAACUGUUGUAAACUCUGUAUUUAUACAACAGUUUCACUCAACACUAGAGCGAACAGAAACCAGUGAUCAGGUCAACCUGACUUCUUGUCUCGGGUCAUACUGAGUGGAUUUGUGAGGCUAAUAAAUGAGUUUCAGUGUUAUAGUAAUGGUGAUGAUGGAGUAAUCCAGGGACUUUAAGUGUCUACUCUCAAAGGUGCUCUCUGGUCCACAUGUACAAUGGUCUUUAGUGACUUGCAUGGAAACCCACUAUAAGACGUUAAGGCCGCACUACCCUGAAAAGGUUUAGGCAGUGAACUGGCACUGGAAAUGAAUACUUUACUCAUUAGCUAGGUGUAAUGUGAUGGUAUAAACUGGUGUGUUGAGCACAUCUGAGGUAAAGCACUGUCUGUUUUACUCAGUUAUAAAGUGAUUUUAAGAGAAAUGAUGCAAACCUGGGGCCUGGAUUUGAUUUUAGAAAAAUGAGGACUGUCUGUCUGUGACUCAUACAGCAGUAAAACCAUGGCUUUUGAUAGAUAUUAUAUUAGACAUUUGACAGAUCUGUCAUACAUUGUUGAGUAUUAGGUAUAUAGAGUAGCAGUCUCUAUCUUGGGGUUUGUUGGUGAAUUGUUGAGUAGCAAUGGAUUGAAAUUGUUUUUUGCGAUGUAUUCAGUGGAACCUGUGUCUUGUAGAAUGAAUCUCUCGUAUUUAAUGGCUAUCAAAAUGGUUGUAAGUUCUGUUUGAAGUUGGAGGGAUCAAUGUUUGUAUGCUAUGUAUGCUUUCAUUUUGUUUUUAAUAAUAUUCUGAUGGAGAAUAUUUUUUGAUAGCUAUUAAACACCAGGAAGAAGUCUGAGAUCGCAUGGGCCAGUGACCUUUUGUGUAAGAGCAUUAUAAUAUCAAUAUUAGAUUAUGGUCAUUGGCUCAAUUGUCGGUGGUAUGAAACAUUGGAAUAUAUGCAUCGCCAUUUCAUUUCAUUUUGUGGAGAAAAACUGAUCAACAUACAGUAUGUUGCUUUUUCAACACAGAUUUGCACAGGAGUGGAUGAGGCCGAGGGUGUUUCACAUGUCCCAUGUCUGUCUUUGUUUUGUUCUGUUUUUUUUGUUUGUUUUUUUUUUUUUUUUGCUCGGACGCUCAUUAAAUGAACAGCUGCCAUCAUUACCAGCUCUGAGCCUGCACCAGACCCCUUGUUUCCAGCUGUGAGAAGGCCCAGUUCUGUCUCUCCCUUCCAAAGAGAAAACACAUUAUGAAGUGUAAACCUGUAGCUUCACCAGAGACGACUGGGCUUCUCAGUGACUGCAGUGUUUGUCAUAGUCAGGUUGGAAGAAAAUGUUUGCAAGGCAAUACUGCUGUAUCCACAUAGCAUGAGAUUAGUCGCUGCACCAGUUUACUCUCUCAACAACCACGUAGAACAAAAUUAACAGGGCUCGUAGGUAUAUGUAACUGCUUGAAUUCAGAGAUGGCUGACAAAUUCCUAUACUCAUUGAAUGUACUGUAUUACUGUUUUUAAAGAUAGGAUGAGCUAAUCUAGUCACCUUUUGUUAUUGGUCCUUGUUUAAUUUGUCUAAGGUAUUUUUUGUAUACAAAGGUUUACAUUUUUAUGUAUAUUUUUCUUGUGUACAAAUUAUGUAAUAUGUGUACAAACACUGUAUGUAAUAUCUGUAUAUAGUGUGAGAAAUUUGAUCUUUUGUUUUUGGAUGUAUAAAUAAAACUUGCUGUGAGGUA